AUGACCGAAACGACAGACAUCGUCCGGAGCACCGUUGACGGCCCCGGACCGGCCAGCAACUCGGACAAGUGCCAGAAUGGAGCGACAACCACAACUGCGGGCGCGCCUGACGACGUCCGAGAAUGGUCCGCCGAGCAUGACCUGGUGUACCCGGAAGGAGGAUGGACAGCAUGGUCCCAGGUCCUAGCUGGCAACAUGCUGAACGCGCUGGCAUGGGGCUAUCCGGCAACGUUCGGCGUCUACCAACUGUACUAUACCGAGAAGCUGCACUUGCCGUCAGCCCAAAUAUCGUGGAUUGGCUCGAUUCAAAUCUUCCUGACGUUUGCCAUUUGUACAAUCUCUGGCCGCCUGACGGAUGCGGGAUACGCACGGCAAGCGGUUCUCGUGGGCUGCACUGUUGUCGUCUUUGGCACCUUCAUGACGAGUUUGUGCACCACAUACUGGCAGAUCAUGCUCGCCCAGGGAAUAUGUACCGGUAUGGGUUUGGGGGUGUUGUUCAUGCCAAGCGUCGCCAUCAUCGGAUCAUACUUCAAAGAGAGACGAUCUCUCGCGCUGGCCAUCUCAGCCACAGGCACUGGCGUCGGCAGCUUGAUCUUUCCCUCUACACUACAGUACCUUAUCCCUCAGGUCGGAUUCCCAUGGGCUGUGCGCUGCUCUGCCUUCGUCGCACUCGCUGUUUCCAUCAUAGCAAACGUUUUGCUGCGUCCCAGACUUCCGCCCCGAAGAUCUGGCCCAUUUGUCGAGUGGGGAGCGUUUCGAGAAGCGCCCUAUAUAUUGUUCGCGCUGGGUGUCUUCCUCUAUUUCAUGGCGCUUUACUUUGGCUUCUUUUAUAUCAACACUUACGCCCGAAAAGUCGUGGGCUUCUCAACGACGGAGUCUGUCUCUUUGCUUCUGAUCACCAAUGGUUUGGGCAUCCCUAGUCGGCCAGUAGUUGGAUACGUUGCCGACCGCUACCUCGGCCCAAUCAACACCUUCAUGCUGAUGACGUUUAUUCUGGGCUGCAUGGAAUUUGUCUGGAUAGGGGUGAAGACGAGGACUGGCAUGUAUAUUUUCAGCGUUUUCUUCGGCCUGUCCAACGGAGCAGCACAGGGCGUCUUCGUAGGCGCUUUGGCAAGCCUGACGGCUGACCCGCAGAAGAUGGGGACGCGGUUUGGUAUGAUUGCGACGUUGUCCGGUUUCGCGUCUUUAGCUGGACCUCCAACGGCCGGUGCCAUCAUCGACAGGUCGGGAGGGCAGUAUCUCGGAGCUCAGAUCUGGGGCGGAGUGGUGAUCAUCGCAGGCUCGCUGACAGUAGGAGCGGCGAGGGUAGCCAAGGCGGGGAAAGCUUGGGGUGCCAAGUUGUAA